CUCUCCCUGAAAAUACAACUACUAUCUAUAUUUUUGACAUUUGACAAUGGGCGGACCAGGUCUCGAGGUUGCGAAAUUCACCUUCUACGUGUUCAUGCCCAUGGCCUUCAUGGUGUACUUUGGCGGGCCGGGCUUCUACGAGCGCUACGUGGCCGACGAAGCCUUCAAGUUCAACCCGCCGCCCAAGAUGAAGAUGCCCACGGAGCCCGGCGAUGUACAGCGUGCGCUCGACCAGCUGCGCGCCGACCGCGAGGCUCGCCGGCUCGCGCGCGAACAGGUCAUCUCCCAGAUGUCCAAAGAAUAGACCACUUUAUUAAAUAAAACAACAUCAACCUUA